CCAGCCCUUUCGCUUGCUUCCCCAUUAGGCAAGGUGACGAGAUGUUUCGCACCAGUUUCAUUAAAAUUUCACCAGCAAGCAUAAUGCACCAACGAGAUGGUGUUUCCUCGUGCCUCUCCCCCUCCGGACCACCGAAAGGCAUUUUACUUUAAGGGCUGAGCUUUACCCUGCUCAUUUCCGCUCGAUACUCCACAGCCGGGCAAGGAUCAAAGGCUCACAGACACAGAUAGCAGAGGCCUGGCAAAAAUUGACUAAUGAAAAUCACAACCCAGAGGUGAAGGUGGAGGCUAAUUAACCUUUCUGGUAGGACCGGAGUUUCUGGGAGUGUUUUCCUUGCUGUGGUUUUUUUGUGCUGACUGUUAGGCAGUUGGGUCGAGUGAGGAAGAGGAGGGAAAUAUCUUACGCUCCAAGGUGGCCCCACCUUUCCCGGAAAGUGAUUCGCGAAUCUUGGGCGCUUCCCAGUGCUCGCGGCAACACUUUAAUUGAAUUAGGAUCACAAGAAUGGAAAGCUUUCGGGGGUUUGCGGUACUAAAUCUCCUGGUGUUUCGGUGCUAAUGAUACCAGCUGUAAUCGCGGUUGCCUUUUGCGUUAAUGACGGGUUUCAAGAUGAUUCAAGCUAUUGUAAUUAAUCAAUCGAUUUAACAAUGAUAUCAAGAGAUUAAACUAAUCAAACAACUCAAAUGAUGGCUCCCUGAGACACCAAACGCCCGAUCUUUAAGCUUGUUGCUUCAUGCUCCAACCAACUCUCCCACUAGAAAGUCAACCAUCAGAAUAGGCUAUGUGGAGUGCAAAAGACAAAAACAAAAAAAAAUCAAGUUUGUUCGGCUUUUAAUAGCUUCAUAACCUUUCCUUGGGGAGACCAUUCCGUUUGCCGAUGCAUUAAAAAUGAGCAAAAUUCCAACUCAGCAGCAGUACAAGCAGCGUCAGAGCAGCCUUCCAAACCCCGGCAUAACCCACGCACCGUCAGAACAUCCCCCAGAGGAAAUGGUUGCCGGUAAUGGCGGUGAAAAAGGCAAUCGGAACUUUCCAUCACACCACUGCUCCGUCAGCCAUGAUGUGGACCUGGUGAAGCUGCUAAUAUCCGCCAACACCGUACCACGCAGGCUCGCUCGCUGGUGGCGCCGGCUAUGCCUGAUCGAUCAUCACAGCCCCAUCGCGAGGCUCGCCUUUCGCAGCGAUACGGCAAUCAAGCGCGAAAUGUCACGCCAGCUUACCUACUACCCGGGCACGAUACAUCCGCUGAGCUAUUUCCGCUUCAUCUGGAACUGUCUGAUGAUAGUAACAUUCGCGAGCGUCUUCCUGCUGAUACCGUACGACAUAACGUUUCUGUACCGGAUCGAGGACUACUAUCCCUUUACCGCGUUUCAUAUGGUGCUGUUGGGCGCGGAUUUCAUUUGCCUGGUUGAUGUGGUGAUAAACCUGUACACCGGGACGUACGACCGCCAAACGCAGCGUGUCGAUCUGAACAUGAGCGGCGUCCGGAAACGUUACCUGCGCUUCUGGUUCUGGAUCGAUGUCAUCACCUCGGCACCGGAUCCACUGUUGACGAGGCUCAUUCCCACCACAACGUUCGACAACUCGCUGGUGUACUGUCUGCAUCGGCUCAACUUCCAUGCCGGCUGCCUGUGGGAUCUGUGGAGUCUGCUGUCGGUGAUGAAGAUCUUCCGCUUCCGGACGUUCCUGCGCUACAUCCGCGGCCUUUGUGAGUGGUUCGGGCUGCGGCGCAAGGUGAUCAAGUUCAUCGCCAUCCUGGCCACCGUGCUGACGGUGUUCCAUUGGAGCACGUGUCUAAUGUUUCUGGUGCUCCGGUUAGCGCAGGGAACUGAUCCAGCCCAGAUCGAUCAGCGCUCCUGGACGAUGAAAAUAUCGUUCUGGAAUCAAACGUCUUUGGUUCGCUACAUGGAAUGCUCCUACCGCACGCUGUACACCGUGGCACACAUCACGCACGACUUCAGCGAGUCCAUGACCUACGACGAUAUGCUGAUGUCCCUGGCCUACACCAUCAGUGGCUACAUCCUCAAGAUUUACCUGCUAGCGGAGUUGCUUAUUUUCAUACGCAUUCUGUUUUCCAGCGCCAGCAAGUAUCACGAGUAUCGGUACGAGCUGAGCAACUACAUGCGCCACGAGCAGCUGCCGGCCGCGCUGCAGCAGCAAAUCUUGAGCUUCUACGACUUCCGCCAUCCGAAGAUCUACAGCCGCUGGUCGCUGAUCCGGUCCGUGCUGGGGGAGCAGCUUUACGGAGAGAUGCGCAUGCAGCUGGUAGGACCGCUGCUUCGGGGCUGUCCCCUGUUUCGGGCCGUGUUUACCGACCAGCAGCUGAUGGCGUUGGCACUCGGCAUGCAGUACCAGCUAUUCAUGAGGAACGAUAUUAUUGCCCGAUGGAACGGUGACGAGCGGGCCUGGCACAUGGUGUUCAUCGUGUCCGGCACGGUCGCCCUGUACACGAGCGGCUGGCAGAAGGUGCUGCACCUGGAGGAUGGGGAGCAUUUCGGAGAAUUUCAGCUGCUCUUUGAUGCGAACACGGUGAAAUUCCCCAACAUGGUAGCGGUGGAAAACUCUCAGCUUUAUAUCUUGUCCCGGGACUGGUUGGAACGGUUUCUGCAACCGCACCCAGCGCUGCGCCGGCAUCUAAUCGACCUGGCAACGGAACACCUGCACCAGAUGGAACAAAUGCAGCGUGGCAGCGUGCUGGAAGCGCUGGAACAUGUCGAGACGGUGCGAAUGCAACCCACCGCCGGCAGCAGUGCCAAGCCGCACCAGCGCUAGCGGCAACGAACGAACGAGUGCGCAGUGCGUUUCCUGCCCGGCCCGGAUGAAUAAAUCCCACCGUGGAGCCGCUUACCUGGGCCGCUUCCGACUGCCACCUCAAUCCGGGCCCCGGCGACAAUCAAUCAUUUCCGGAACUGGAGAGGAACAGUGCAGAGGUGGGUCGAUUUGAUUCUGUUUGCACCGAGCGAUGGUAACAUUAUUUCCCCUCCCAGAGCAACAUUGCCACCAGCCACCUUCCGCAUGGGAAACGGUAUUGUGUUGUUUGGUGGCGAUUUUUUUCUUCUCUCACUCGUUUUGUUGCCACUUUUCCGAUUUAUUAAUAUUAAGUGUGGCAAUCGCUACGCGAUCGCCGGCUGCUUCACCCAAGGAUGGCACCCGAGGCCCCCUUUCAAUGGUGCAAACGAAUUUAAUUAAAUAUUUCACUUUGAAGCGGCAUGUGCGAUGCGAAGUCGUUCAAACGGGUGGAGGGUGAGGCCCAAUAAAUCAGUUAACACGCGGCAGGUUGAAGAUACAUUUUGGGUCCACGUGUUGUUCAAUUCUUUACGCCACCCAAACGGAGCCGGAAGCCCUCUGAGCCGGAAGCCGGUAUGAGAGGUUUGAAGUCGAGGUGAAAUAUAUUACUCAAGAGCGAUGAGUUUGAGUGGGAAUCAAGCAAUAUGAGUGGAGGUAAUUAUUAAUUGAAAGCAUGGCGUUUGUGAUGCGGAUUUGAUUUCCCGUGCGCAUUUGGCACGCACGCAGAAACCCAUCUAAGUGGAUGUGAAAUGAAAUUAUGAGCCCUUGAAUGGGUGGCAGAAGCACCGUAAUGUAAGUGAGGGAUUGAUUUGGCUUAAAAACAUCACGAGCAAUUCAAUUUGUUCAUAUUGAACACGCGCGUGUGAAGAAGAUACAUGAACGAUAAGAAUCCUUCAUUAUUUAAUAAUUAUAUUCGUGGACUCGAUGCAAAAGGACACACGCUUGCGGACGCUAAAUACACUUCAGAGAUGAAAAUCAGAUAACACUUGGCCGUCAUACGGAAGAUGAUUGACAAUAGGGGUCGUUUUCAUUGUCACGAUGGGGGAAGGUUGCAUUGUUGCGUAGAAUGAGUUCUGGUUAUCCGCGCUUGGGUCAUUUUUAGUGUGUCUUUGAUGUUUUGAACAACUACGUAAUGGAUUUGGCUGGCCAUGACAGGCUAAAAUUGAAACUGUUCCGAGUAAUGCAGAUGGAUUAUCUCUCAAAUCAUCCCUUCCGUGCAACUCAUUACGAUGUACGUAUUGAAGAAACAAAAGAAAGG